UUCUGCUGCUGCUCCGCUUCUCAAACGCCUCAAUCGCAUUUAUAUUCAUGCCUUCCUCUAACCGGAUAACUAAGAACAACUCAAAGUGGUUUCGUUUUGGGGCGUGAGAAGAUCUCAUCCUGUGGGAGCUCAGAUGUCAACAGCUCUAGUGAAGGUGACUGGUAAAUGCACGCGCCAAAAUGCUCUAGUAUAUAUAUAACACCGGGAAUUAAGGAGUUUGUGUAAUUAAGGCUCCCUUUGGCGAUGUAAGGGACUUAUUUAUUUAUUUAUUUUGCAAGAGAGUCUUGUCCUCGAGGGACAUAUGCCCGCGCCCCGAGUGUCAGGCUGGACUCUACCCCGAGGACAGUGCCCUAGGCUUGGGGGUUAGAUGGUGCUGAUUACGGACGACAGGGAUGGAGGAGGCGCCUCGUCGGUCCGGGUCAAACAGCUCCAGCAGCAGCAGCAGCAGCAAAAAGUCGGCGGAAACAUCGCCCAUGUCCACCCGACCAUAGCCGAGGAGCCGCUGUGCAACUCUGACGACGAGGACUACUUAGGUUCAUGUGAAGAGGACGAUGAAGAGGACGACAGAGGUGAGGAAGACGAUGACGAAUUCGAAGAAGUUGACUUUGAGGACUUGGACGACGGCCGGAGCAUCGCGUCAGACGAUUCCUUCUACCCGCCAGAUGAUGCAUUUGCGGACUCGGAGCGCACCCCUUCGCCGGAAAGUCCCGAGCCGCUAUCUUUUUUCCAGGCGUGCUGCACCAAUAACCCGGCUAUCGCCCGGUUAAUGAUACGGCAUGGAGUGAAGGAGGAGGAGGUCAAGGAAACGGACAGGAACAACAGGACAGCGCUAUUGGUUGCAUGUUACCAAGGUUACGUGGAUGUUGUCAUAGCGCUGUCGCAAUGUCCGUAUUUGGAUGUCAACUGGCAGGACAGUGAAGGGAACACAGCUCUCAUCACUGCCGCUCAAGCGGGCCACAUAACAAUCACCAACUAUUUGCUGAACUACUACUCCGGGUUGGACGUAGAGAGGAGAAACUGCCACGGCUUCACUGCUCUGAUGAAAGCUGCCAUGCAGGGCCGAGUGGAAUGCGUGCGCUCACUCAUGAUGGCAGGGGCUGCCCUGAAUGCAAGAGACUUUGGCCGCCACUUGACUGCCAGGGAGUGGGCCUUAUUCACGGGCCGUUAUGAAACUGCCUGGGUGAUGACACGACUGAUGGAACGGCCCUGUCCCCCCCAGUACUGUGAUUCAUACAGUCUAGAGUGGCCCCCACUGGCAUCACUGGUGGCCAAAGCCCAGGAGCCCCGUGGCUGUCUGAAGCGAUUGUCCGACACUGUCCGGAAUGUCUUUAACAUUGCAAAUGUCACCAACCCUGAGGAUGAAGGUGUCAUCGAUCACAUGGUUUCCAUCACAACGGCCAUGAGGAGCCCUUUCAUUGCCAUGGCAUGCCAUACAGUGUGUCCUGACAGUCCCCCAAGUGUGGGCAAACGGCGCUAUGCAGUACCUGAGAUCAUCCGCCAGCAGCGCGCCAAGGAGCUCCGCUCCGUCAAUCCUGGCAGGGUGAACAGCCAUCUCAAACUCUUCCAGAACUCACGGGUCACACUAGUAGCCAAGAACUCAGCAGACCGCCGGGCCAGCCUUCAGGCCCAAAGCCUGGUGCCUCGACACAGGAGCUCCAGCCUGGGUGUGAUGGUUUACAGCGAAGCCCUGGAGCUGCGGAGGACCAGUCUCCUGCCCAUGCACAUGGUGCUGAGGAGGAGCAGCGUCAGGCCAGGCUUCAGCAUCCCAAAAGUGAGGGUUUCGAAGGCCCCAACACCGACUUACGAACCAGAAAAGAUCCGGAGGAGGAGUAGCGCCAAAGAUGGAGGGGGGCACCUGCUGCAGAUCCCAAAGUGGCGGUACAAGGAGUUAAAAGAAGAAAGGAGGAAAGCCGAGGAGGCUGAGAGGAGGAGGCUGGAGGCUGUAACCAAGAGACACCUUGCUGCCGGGAAAAGGAAAUAAUAUACAUUAAUUUGCCUCAAAGGACAUCACAUGCACUCUUACCAUGGUAAUUCAGGAGUUUUAUUGCUGAAGAGGCCAUCAAAUUGAACAGUUUUGUCUCCAAUGUUUUUCUACAACCUUUGAAGCUCAGGUUGAGCCUAGAAUUACCAGCAGUGUUCCUAAAAGAGGACUAAAGGUUGCGUUGGUCUGCUCAGUUUGCAUCCUCAAUUGAAUUCCAUUCAAUGUUAGGAGAAAGGUUGGCCUCUUAAAAAUAGCUUUUAUAGAAUAUUAGAAGUGUAUAACGCUCAGUGUCCUUUGUGAUGUCAAACAGUGAAUACCCAGGGGAUUUGAUACUUGAAAUGAUUUUAGAUAACUUAUUUUUCAUAUGUAUUGCUUUUUAAUGGAUGCUCAUUUUGUUACCCUUUGCUCAAUACAGCAGCGUUUUUGUAGUGUAUUGGAGCAAAAGACACACACAUGCUUUUUCAGACUGUAACCACAGCAGAAAUUUGCUCAUCUCUCUGCCUAAAAAAAAUGGAAGCAAUUCAUAAAAGAUGUUAUGCAAUAAUGUCUUUAAAAUAUUCAGUGGAGAAUACUAAUGGGUGUGUUGUAUUGGCUGAGAAAGCUAAACAUAAGUUUUUCUAGAAUCCAAUGUCAUUUGACAGCAAUAUUUUUAGAUGCUUUUUGUUCUGUUUUAUGAUGACAAACCCGUGAAUGUAUUUUGCUUAUAUAUGUAUUUUAUAUUAGAGAUUUAAAAGCUUUUUGAUGACAAACUUUUUAUUUUUUAUUCAAUACGGACUUUUUCAUAUAAACAGUUGUGUUUUCUAGUCUUAAUGUUCCGAGACCAAGAGCGAAAUGUAGAGCACUAUUGUGAUGUAACAGUUAGAAUCUUACCAGGUGGGAAGGAAGUUCAGAUUCUCUCCCGAAUGUUUACAUUGCAAAACCACAUUAACACUGGUUACAUGAGCAGUAAAGAAUCCUGCAACGAAGACACUAAGAUGUGUGUGAGUUUGGUGUAUACAA